UAUAUAUACGUCGUUCCCACCCAACUGAGUAAAUUGUUUGAAUUGUUUGGCGCUUGUUGCCCGUGGUUGUCUGUUGCCGGAGGAACACUGGUAGGUUUCAUUUAUCUGUUGUCAGGGGGAUUACUAUACAGAUCACUUGUAUCAGUUUGCUAGCUGUGGUGUAACACUUGUAAAAAGCGCUUGGUUAACGCAAACAUUUAAAUCUGUCACUGCAGCGACAUAGGAAGACCUGAUUGCAGACUGUGGGUCGUGUUUGUGCUGGCGCAUCGUCCUACACCACGAUGAACGGGAAAUCUGCGAACGGUACUGCGGGCGGAACACUGGCCUGUAUCGAGGGGCUACCCCCACUGCCGAAGAGCCUGAGCGGUCUGCUUAACUCAAGCGGCGGGUCUUGGAGAGACAUGGAGAGGAUGUACGCAAAGAAGACCAUGAUCCAAGACGACCUGAGCCGAGGGCGAAACAACGCCGAUAAUUUGCUGGCAAACAAACCGGCCAACCUUGAUGCGGCUUUGGCUCUCCUACGGAAAGAAAUGGUGGGUUUGCGGCAGCAGGACAUGUCGUUGCUGUGCCAGCUCUGGUCCCUGCACGAGUCCAUCCAGGAGUACAAAGGCAGCUGUCAUGACCUGAGUGCUGGCGCCGGCGGCCUGGAUAACGGCUACUUCGACGAGGAGGACGAGUACUACCAGGAGGCCUCCGGGACCACCCCUACGGAGGCCCUGCCCCCAGGGGAGGGCCUCGAGACGGAGGGUUUGAGUCCCAAGAACGGGACCAGCAAGGACAGCUGGCUGCAGGACUCCUUCCAUGUGACUAUUUGAGAGAUGGAGAGAUGGAGGGAGGGAGGUAAGGGGGGGAUGCGGGGGAGAAGGGAGUGAGACAUGGAGAGCAAGGGAGGUUUAAGAGAAAGGAGAGGUCUCUGGUUGGAGUUCUGAAGGCUUUCCUCUCCUGGUGGUCUUUCUCUCCGGGUCUUUCUCCUCAAAGAAGGCAGGAGGUGGCCUGUUAUAUCCUGCCUGGUCCAUCUUCCCUGAGGCCUUUAGAAGGAGAAGAUAUGGAAGCUACCUAUCUACCUUCCACCUGACUAGAGAGACUGAGAAGAGCUGAGCUGUGGACCUCCAGACUUCGACAGCUCCACACCUAUAGAGGCAAUAUGCUCUUUAUAAAGAGCUCGCUGCAGUACAUGCUGGCUUAUAUAACCCCCCCCCCCCCCCCCUUAUUUUUUCUUUUUUGGCAGACCUUUUCAUAUAAAGAUAUAAACAAAGGUUGAUUAUUUAUUAUAUUAUAUAAAUGAAAAAUGUUAUCUCUCGUGUAUUUACUUGGAUGAACUUUAGAGUUUUUUUAGUAUGGCUCGGUUGAAAGAGGCUGCCAGUUUUGGUCCAGUCCUGAACAGGUUUGAGAUGGAGGGCGACCUCCAGUUGCUCAUCCAUACAAGAAGAUGUCAGCUAGCAAGAGGUUAUGGGGACCUCCAACUCCAGGGUAAGAAGUGGUUGCCUUUUGCAUCGGCCAGAGAAAAAAGCGCUGGGAGAAAUGUGAUUUACAAAUACUGGAAACAUUCUCACAUCUGGAACAAGUUUCAAGCCCACGAGAAGCGCACAUAUCUGACCCAGCACCGGACUGUUCCCCCCCCCCCCCCCAAGGCCCCAGAGCUUUGCUUCUCCACCCAUGGUGAUGCUAUCUCAGACACAGGUGUAGCCUAGCCACUUUCUCAUACCACAGAUGUCGUUCAUUUUGGACGCGGUUUCUCUGUGGGAAAACAACAAACUUGGCCUCAGGCAGAUCUGGGUUUAGGAUGAACUAGCUUAACUUUCAUGGGACCUUCCUGGUUCUGAGUAACCAACCGGAAACCGGGUAUAUUGUUCAAAUCCUUGUAGACAUUUAACAACUUGACACAGGGUACCCUUUCUAACUCCUGUCUAUACGUUAUUCUCCCAUAUAUGAUCUGUGAUAUUUAUUUUGUUUGUUUGGCUAUGUUUCCAGACAGUCUUCCAUAGUCUUACCCAGAGAGCUUAGGUGACUGCACUUGGCGUCAUUACAAGGUGAAUCAACUCCAAUGUUCAUUCUGAAAUUGCAUCCCGGAAGGUGAACUUGUGCUUAUCCUGGUAUUUUGUGUGUGGGAGAAAAAAAAAAACAGUCCACAUUUUUGGGUGAUUGUGGUACUCGAACCAAAGAGUCAAAAUGACGCACUCAUCCUGGUUUAUAGUAUUUGGAUUUCAAGGUGUUUUACCACACAGUUGUGUUGUGGUUUAGAAAGCUUGAAAUGCCAAGUUGGCUUUUUGCCCACCAUCAGCCUAGUUGUUGGCUACUAACACAUGUAUGAUGUGAUGUCUCUAUUGAAGAAUGUGGAACCUUCCAGGGUUAGCCUCAGACAGAGGCUUCUGGGUAGUGUAGUCGGUUCUCUUGACUGUUAAUGCAGUUUGACAAUGGAGCAUGCCUGUAGGCCAGAUGCUGCAACAAAAAAAUAUUCCCAAAUCGAAAUGGAGCACUGAAAGAAAAUGUCUACGGAACCUUGUGUGGCACUCUCCAGACAUGUAUACAUCCUUCUGCUUUUGAGUCUUUAGCCUAAUGUAGGCAUGCAGGUUAACACACUACAAACACCAGCCCCUCAUUGUGAAAGUCAGUAUUACAGGACACCUGUCAGUCCUAAACCUUUGUCUGUAACACUACACAAAAACGUCCCUCCCAACGCUAAUUGCUAUUAGUGCCUUUAUGCCAUGUGGUCUCAGACCAUUGGCUAUUGCUGUCGUCUCUCUCCAAACCCCAGAGCUUUGGUAGCAUCUGCGACAAGCAAAUAUGGUGCAUCUCGUACAGGAGCUUUCCUGUAAACCCAACUCCGCAAAAUGUUUGAUUCCCACCGAAAAUAAAAACCCCUAAAAAAAAAAAAAAAAAAAAAAAAAAAAGAGGUUGUUCACCAGCAAAAGAAAGUUCCCAUUAUCAGUUAUGCGGAGCAGUCUGAAAUGUACCCCACCCCUACCACCCGAGGGCUGGAGUGCAGGGUGUGGCUCUCUGUUCUGACAGGGUUUACUGCUGUAGAAUCAGGAUCUGCAGCCAGGCAGAAGGUCUUGGAGGCCUUCAGGAAGUUCCGCAUGAAUCAUUCAUGUUGUCAAACUAUUGAAUAUGUGCGUGAGUUCAAAUUCUAAGGAAGGAAUCAUCUUGUCCAUCUCCUUGUGUGUGUGUGUGGGAGGGGGGGGGGGGGGGGGGGGGCGGGAGAGGAUGUUAACAUGUGUUUAAAACGUCCGUUAGUGACGUGAGGGUAGUCAGUUACAACUUUGGUUCAUUCCUCCUCCAUUCAGUCAGUGGAUAUGUUUUGAGCUGUUCUAAGUACUUCUGAUUUCAUUAGGAUGAGAGAAUCCAUACAACCUGCAAGGGGGUUGUUUUUCCAGUCUGUUCCUCAUGUUGGUUUGUUGUUUUUCAGUUAACGACCAUACUACUGUUAUUGGAAGAUUGUUUUUAUGCUAUGUAAUAGUUACACAAAUUGUGUUAAUAAAUGACGAACAAUGAAUAUCCUCA